AUUAAAACUCUAUCAUUCAACAUGCCAAACACUAUAGGAAUAAUCACUUCUAGUAACAAAGAAAAUAAGGAUUUUAUUACCACUAACACAGAGUUUACUUCAAAAAGACGAAAGCUGACGAAUCAGUUAAAUUUACGUGUAAAACGUCUUAGUCCUAAAGCUAAAAUCCCUAGACGUAGUUCUGUAAAAGCUGCUGGCUAUGACUUAUACAGCGCGUCCAAUAUCACUAUUCCAGCUAAAGGAAAAGCUCUAGUUCCCACUGAUUUAGCCGUUGUUGUUCCAGAAGGAACUUAUGGACGCGUCGCUCCAAGAACUCUAAGAAAUUCCAUUGAUUGCGGCGGAGGAGUUGUUGAUGCUGAUUAUCGUGGACCAGUGGGAGUUAUUUUGUUCAAUCAUGGCGAAGUAGACUAUCAAGUUAAUGAAGGUGAUCGAGUUGCACAACUUGUCCUUGAACGAAUUUGCACUCCUGACGUAGUUGAAAUCGAAGAACUGGACGAAACUGAACGUGGUAAUCGCGGAUUCGGUUCUACUGGGCUUCAAUAACGUAUACUUGACAUUACAUAGUUUUUUAAUAUAUCUUAAUAAAAUUAUCAGAGAGCGAUAUUGGAAAUAACAAACACGAUUUAUUUGAUUAUAAUAAAUAUAUGAAGUAA